AUGAAGUCAUUUUUGCUUUGCUUUCUUUUUAUGCUAAUCGUAAUCUGCACAGACCCGAAAUUUUUAGGUGCUCUAGAGAAACAACUGCCGUGCGAUUUGCGGGAAACGGAACAUGGAAGCGUGUGUGUUUGCAAUAGCACCUACUGCGAUUAUCUGGAACAGCCCCAACUGACUGAUAACUCCCAGAUUGUGGUGAUUAGUUCCAGCAAGAAUGGCUUACGCUUCAAGAAGACAACAGGGUAUAUCUCAGAAGAAAACCCCCUAACAGUGGAUGAUAUACAGUUCACUGAUGAGGACGUGGAUCCUGAGCCCCGUGCCUGGUUCCAGUUGACCAAUAUUUCACAACGCCUGUUUUUCAAUACCAACACAAAAACACUUCGUAUAUCCGUGAGACGAGAGCAGCAAUUUCAGAAUAUCUCCAUUUUUGGUGGAGCCCUAACAGGAGCAGUCUCUUAUUUACUCAAGGACUUGCCAGAAGAGCUUCAGGAUCAUAAAUACAGAUCCUAUUACCAUCCCGAUGGAAUUGCCUACAACAGUGUGCGAAUGUCGAUAGGAGGUUCUGACUUUGACUUAGAACCUUGGGCCUACAACGAGUGGCCCCGUGAUGAUCCUAAAUUAACUAACUUUACUUCCCUUGAUCCGAGGGAUCUGCAGAAAGUCGAACAGCUAAGGCGCUUAAAGACUGUUGGUCAGCUGGAUGAACUGAAGAUCAUGGGUGCCGCCUGGAGUGCUCCACGCUGGAUGAAGACCAACAAUCGAUGGACAGGAUUUGGUCAUCUGAAAUCGGAAUAUUACCAGACCUGGGCUAACUACCACCUCAAAUUUCUCGAACUCAUGCGGUCUGAAAAUUUGCCCAUUUGGGCCAUAUCCACUGGGAAUGAGCCGCUUAACGGUGUCAUCGCCUUCUUCAUUGUGCACUUCAUAUGCAUGGGCUGGAGGCCCUCGCAGCAGGCUAUUUGGCUGAGCGACAAUCUAGGACCGACCAUCAGGAACUCAGCGGAGAGCAAGGUGCUCAUCUUUGGCGACGACGACCAGCGGUACACGUUUCCCUCAUGGUUCAGAGAGAUGCGCUCAGCCCGCAACGAUUCGAUGUCAUAUUUGGAUGGUCUGGCAGUUCACUGGUACUUUGAUGAUUUUUUUGCGCCAGAACUCAUUGACAUGGCGCACACGGAUAUGCCGAAUAAGAUGAUAUUGAACACGGAGUCCUGCAUCGGGGAAAAAUUCUGGCAGACACGUGGUCCCAUGCUGGGAGCCUGGCAUCGCGGAGAUGCCUACAUGAGGGCCUAUACCCAGGAUCUGAGGCACUACGUCAAUGGCUGGCUGGACUGGAAUCUUGUGCUGGACGAACAGGGCGGUCCCAACUACGCGAAGAACUUCGUGGAUGCUCCGAUCAUUGUGAAUGCCACGAGUCGCAGUGAGAUAUAUAAACAGCCGAUCUUCUAUGCCAUCGGGCACUUCUCCAAGUUCCUGCCGCCGCAUUCGGUGCGCAUCGAGACGCGAAUCGAGAACCAGGGCAGUCCCUUCACCCAACUCAGUGUCGUGGGCUUCCAGCGACCAGACGGCAGUGUGGCGUUGAUCAUAUACAAUGGCCAGAACCUGCCGGUAGAUGUGGCCCUCAAUGAUAGCCAGCGAGGACCGAUCAACCUCCGCCUGCCGCCGCGCUCCUGGCACACGGUGCUCUACAAAUGA